AUGGCUCCCAUUCGCCGGAACAAGAACAGAUCCCACCAGAACCAGCAGUGGUCGGUGGUGCCCGAUUGGCAGCCGGAGUUGAAGCUGCGUGAGCACCCUGACCCGGACCACGUGCCGGAGGACUACUCCGACGUGGUCAACCCGGAGACGGACGUGCUCGCGCCUGAGAUGUACCAAGACAUGGAGCGCCGUCUUCCACCUCAACUCCUCCGAGCUACCCGCCACGAGAAGCUCUUGUUCAUGCGGCGCAUCGUCAGGAAUCACCUCCCCGCACCGGCCAAGGGAAUCAUGGUGGACAUCAUGAGGAGACAAUACAUCCAAAAUAUCUGUUCACAAUAUCAGCCGCUACAUCCCGAACUCUACAAAAUGAACCCCGCAGCUUUCUUCUUGCCUUCGUUUCUGCGUGCCAUCCGGGGAAACACUGCAGAAAGUUUCAUGGAUAUCAUUCACGAGGUCAUAGCACCUUCAGUCUAUGCAUUUCCUAUGUUGCGACCUGUAUUCUGCGAGAUGCUCAUGGAUGAGGUAGAAAAUUUUCUGAAGUGGGCGCACAUAAACAAACAAAAAAUAAUGAUGCCAAAUACCUUGGACAAGCAUGGUAGUGGCGUUGCUAUUUCUGAAAUUGGGAUGCAAGGGAUGCUGGAUGAGCUCAUGAAGAAGUUUAUCUCACCCCUUUCCACAGUUCUUUUUCCUGGAGUUGGUGGCGGGUCUUUGGACUCACAACAUUCUUUUGUUGUUUCAUAUAGUGGAGAUGACAGUGGCCUAGGGAUGCAUAUGGAGGAAGGCCAUGUUGUACUAAAUGUCUGCUUAGGAAAAAAAUUUACUGGCGGGGAAAUGCACUUUUGUGGUAGACGUUGUGCGAAUCAUAUGAAUUCCGAAACACAUGCAGAGGAAAGAGUUGAAUAUUCUCAUGUACGUGGGCAAGCCUUGUUGUUUCAUGGAAAUCACAGGCAUUAUGUCCAUCCUACAACGACCGGUUUCAGGGCUAACAUGACCAUAUGGUGCAAAAGUUCGUUCUAUGAGGAGAUGAUGAAAUCCAGGAAGAACUUCCACUGGUGCAGAAAAUGCCUUAGUGAAGAUAACAUCUAG